AUGUCCAACCAACCUGACCGUCGGAGACUGACGAUGUGGGAAAGGCUGCCCACACGUCAGCCUCGAACCCAGCAGCGGUGGUCAACCCCGAUACAGCCAACAGCCAGCCUCAUCCAGCCAGGGUACACUGACCUAGGUCCUCGACCACCGCGGCCGUUACGUGCCCCAGCUUAUCCAUUGUCGAGCAGGCCGUUCCUGAGCCAGCCGGCCUCCCCUCAGAGAGACUCCUCGCAGAAUGACUCCUUUCGGCAGUCCUCUCAGCAGUCCUCACCCCAGCAAAUCUUCCCUCAGGAGACUUCUCCUCAGGAGACUCCUUCGCCUCAACCCAAACUGUGGACGCGAGUCCGCCGGCUAUCACGUCUAUUUCGUCUGAGCCGACACGACCCUGCCCCAGGACAGGCAAGCCCUCCCACCUCACCAUCACCCCUACCGAUCAUCACACCUCUGAUCCCUCCUCUGGGCGGCGGCCCCAUAGCCCUGGUACAUCCUCGCCCAGCUCCCCUUCCACCUCAUCCUCCACCACCACCACCACCUCCUCCUCCUCCCACUCCUCUUCUCUCACCCCGGACCCUCCCAGAACCAUCACCACCACUCCCCCUCCUGCCCCCUGCCCACGCCCACAUCGCCCACCCACCCGCAAACAGGCGGCCCCUCAGCGUCCCGCCCGCUCUGCACGGCGCCACAGACCCCAGGGACGCGGAGCAGUACUCCUCGUCGCGGCCGUCCCUGCUGCUCAGCCGGUUCGCGCUGUGCCGGGCGUGCUCCAGGGUCCGGCACUGCAUCGUCGGCCUCGGGGGCGGGCGCGUGCUGUGCACCGAGUGCCUGCGGCAGCACUUUAUCGACCGGCAGGAGUAG